AUGGAUGAGUGUUUUAUAUGUGAAUGUUCGUUGUAUGAUGGAGGUGCAACGAUAACCAGCCCAUGUGGCCAUACAUUUCAUCGUCAGUGUGUUGCAGAUCGAUUGACCAAAAAGAACAAGAGAGAUUGUAAGAAGUGUGGAAAACACUGGGAUGUGAAAGCUACUCUUGCCGAUGAAAACGGAAAUGGCGGAUCUACUGCUGCAGCAGUUUCAGAUAACAACAAUUAUACCGGUGGUGACGGUAAUGCAAAAGAAUCUUCUAAAGCAAAAAGUGGAUCUACUCGGAAGAGUUCCCGUUCGUCUUCAUCGUCAUCAAGUGGACAAACAUCAACAACAGGGACAGCGUCUUACAAAGGCGGGAAUGGAGGUGAUGCAAAAUCAACGGAGAAAGGCUCGACAGAUCGCCGAAGCAAAUAUCCAGUAUACAUUCCAGAAAUACCAUUUACUACCGAAGAUACACAGGAAUUUGAAAAAACCGUUUCUGAAGGUAUUCGUUCGGAUGCAGAAGGAAAGGUGGACGAUAUUAAAUUCUUUCCGAACUUUGGUUUUGGUAUUGUUUAUGUGACGAGUGAAGCAAUGAAACGUAACCUUGUUGAAAAAGUGCGAAAGGUCAAAUUAUCGAUCGGAGACGCUGAAAUAACGAUUUCGUUCAGCGAUACUCUAGAAGUUAUCUCGUACGUCGUAUUAAAUAAGGACGAUCAUCGUACAAGUACUCGAUUGCCAACACCAGAAGAAAUAAGUAAAAAAUGGGCCACUCAUCUGAAGGUAGACGAACCGCUAUCGUGUGUUGUAUUGGAUGCACAAUUCCCGAAUAUUUAUCGUCUUACUUCUGAAUUUUCGAAUCGAUUCUUAGACAGUGCUGUUAAAAAGAAAUUUGCUAUCGAUGACAUAUCAGCUCAAACGUAUAUUUUCGCUGAUUGCAGUCUUUUAGAAGGUCUGACAAAAUCGACGACCGAAAAAACUCUAGAAGAAGCGAUCAAAGAAUCUCUUCAAGACGAUAACAUUUCACCAUCAUGUCUCUAUACGCAAGUAAGUCGACAGACACACAAUGCAUGUGUUAUUGUCACUGAUGAAGCUCGCAAAUGGACAGCACAAUCGUGUAUUGAUAUUGAUAGUCGACAAAUAUCGAGGAGGAGUUUUAACUAUCACUUACUUAUUGAACCGGUUUCGAAAACUGACGUUGAUCGUAUUAUCAAUCAUCAAGUGUUUAAUGGAAAAGUGAUAAAUCAUAAGUGUGCUGAUAAGAAACUUCUUGUAAUUAUUGAAGAUAAAUAUGUUUUUGGCAAAUGCUUACGAUUAAAGAAACUAGAGAUUAAUGGCAAACGUUUUCGUAUUAGCGAGAAUGUUGCAUCGCAAGAAAUGGACGAUUGCGAAAUCAAUGCUCAAACAUGGUACAAAACCAAAAUGGCCGAAGUCAAACCGGACAUUAUGCAAUUCCUAGACGAUCCUGAUCAUUUCAUUUUUAAGUGCCGAUGGAAUGAAAAAGCAUGGCUCGAAGAGUUUCAAAAUUCAGCAUCUACACCGCAUCAUGGUGACCGCGAUCGCGGUGCUUCACGCUCUGAAAAGUCUGCGAAACCCGAUCAAACACGUCAUCUACUUCGAAUGACUGUCAUGCUCGAUACUUUUGCUGCCGUGAAGAAGAAACAUUAUUUAGUCGGUGAUAAAAAAGUGACGUUGAAUCUGGAUGAUAAAUUAACCACCAUUAUUUACAAUCAUCAAUCCAAACUCGAAAAAUGCUCAAAAAUACCAUACGAAAAGAUUCAACAUGAUCGAACCAACAUUCGGGUACAGGAAGAGGACUGUCUUGUAGUAUAUGAACAGCUAGUUAAAGAUGGUUACCGUCCCGUACUGUUAAACAUGGCUAAUCAAACAACUCCUGGAGGUGGAUAUAAAAAAGGUGAUGGCGCACAAGAAGAGAACAUCUUCCGUCGUUCCGAUUACUUUCGCAGCCUAGAUCUCGAAUUAGACUCAUAUCAUGAUCAACGAGCUGAACGCUUUAUCUGCACAUCUGACUGUGAAGAAGAGCCUGUGGGUGAUGAAAAGCGCAUCUAUCCAAUGGAUGAAUUCGAUGCAAUUUAUACUUCAGGUCUCACCGUGUUUCGUCAUUCAGAAGACCGAGGUUAUGCUUACAUGAACAAACCAUUGACAGAUGUUUGUGCCAUUGCCAUCGCUGCUUAUCGAGUUCCCGAACUAGAUGACAAUCGAUUAGCACCAGAAGCAGCUGUAGGCAUGCGAAAAAAGAUUGAAACUAUUUUUUCGAUUGCCUAUCGUUAUGGUCAUGAUUCACUUGUUCUGUCUGCUUUUGGUUGUGGUGCAUUCAAAAAUCCACCUGAACAUGUGGCACAACUGUUUCUAUCAGUUAUUGAACAGUACGCAGGCUUCUUCAAACUAGUUGUGUUCGCGAUCAUCGACGAUCACAAUACGGGUGGUCAAUUAAACCGAGAAGGCAACUUUAAGCCAUUUGAAAAGUUGGAUGGCAAAUCAGUUAAGUUUGCUAAACUGGCGAGUAUUCCAAAUACAAUCAUCGGUCCAUAUCGACUCCUCUCGGAUGGAUCGACUGUGAGUGAUGUUUGUAUAUUCGAUUCAGCGCCAUGUAAAUUCGCAGCUAUGUGUAAUGACCGUAAUCCAGAUCAUUUGCGUAAUUUUUCUCACCCACCAUUAUGUGCCAUGGCUUUUGACAAGAAUCAAUGUGACAAAUCAUCUGAUAGAGUUCAUAUGUACUCAUUUAUUCAUCCUAGAAAAUGUCUAGAUGGCGGUGAAUGUACUCUGAUUGAUAACAAAAAGCACUGCCAAGAAUUCGAACAUCCACCAUUUUGUUCGAAAGAAGGUUACUGUACCAAUAUGGAGGCAGUUCAUCUACGAGAAUAUCGUCAUUUACCACUUUGUCCAGAAGCACACAAAUGUAAAGAUUUUCUAAAGAACAUCAAAGUUCAUUGUGAUCAAUAUCGUCAUUGUAAACCGGGAUGUCCAUAUGGAAAUAGAUGCAACAAGUAUCAUGACAAACAACAUCUUAAUGAAUGUCACCAUCCGUUUCUUCCACCAUGUCCAUUCACUCCAUUUCACUGUCGAUCCUACAACGAUUUCUUUCGAGAAAACAAAAAGAACAGCUCGACCUUUUUCGACGACGACCAGCAUUUGCGUCAAUUUUCACAUGUGUGUUGGUAUGGAAACAACUGUAAAGAGCAAACUGAGAAACAUAUAAAAUACUUCAUUCACAUAGAUCGUCAGAGUUGUUCGUUCGGUGAUAAAUGUGAAAGAAUGAAACAAGAGGAUCAUUUAAACACAUUUACGCAUCGAAACAUUCCUGAUAUACGACCUCUAUGCAAACAUGACAAACGGUGUACCUCUCAAACUGAUCAAAGUCAUAAUACUCGCUUUCGUCAUUCUGCUUCACCUGAAGAUAUGGACGCGAUUGGCUGCCGCAAUACGAAUGUGGAUAUCAACUUCGUUCAAAAUCAAAGAAAUAUUACUGACAACAUCAAUAAAUGUCUUCGAAAUGCGUUGCCUUCGCCAAGCCGUUUUCCUGAAGAUAUUCUUCGAUGGUUUUGUGUAGUUCAACCUGUUUAUCGGUGUAGUCAGAUCAUGUUUGAACUGUUUGUUCUUCAACAGAAAGUUAUGAGUCAAUAUUAUACGAAAAAAUUGAAAGAGCCAGAAUUCGUGGCCGAUUUAGUUCUUCAACAUGAUCAAAUCCGUUGUAUAGAAGCUCGAGGGAAAAGAUCAGUGAAGGAAGAUGUUAAGCAGUAUAUCACGAUUAUGGUUGAAGAGGAGUAUGUGAGCUUGUCUAGGGGUUCAUUCUCAUCAAAUCAACACACCGAUAAUCGACGAAAAAAAGAGGAAGACCUUCAGCAGUCAAUUUCUCAACAAGACAUCGAUAUAAUUAAAAAAACAACGAGAUCUAUGGCGAAAAGAGCUUUUGAAUGUAGCUCUUUUGUUAUCAGCAAAUCUACAUCAAGCAAAUCCUUUGACAAAGAAAAGACAAUUUGCGGCAUUCUCGGACCACACUUGGGACAUGACCAUGGAGAUAUAUUUAUUAUUUUCAAGCGAGAAAUUCUACAUCAUCCUGAUUCCAGUUUCUCUAUUCAAAGUGCAGCAUCAUUCCACGACGAUGAGACAUAUCGUCGCUGCCCUUGGCUUGGUCGUGAUCCACACUCAACUGAACACAGAACUCAAUUAUAUAAUAACUGUAAACUACAUGUUUCUGUUCCAGGCUAUGAAUCAACAGCUACCCUAGAAUUAGUAGCUACUGUUAGUCAAUACUUACACAAGGACGGCAGGAGUGUUAAUCUUGACACCGUUCUGCGUGAAUGGCCUCGAAUGCCUGGAUACAAAGGUAUCGAAGCUAACUUGCCUGGACUCAUUCCAAUCAGCUAUAUCGAUCAAGUUUAUAUGCCAGACAAUAUGUACGAUUCGCUAGACCAAGAUGCACGUGGAGUCAUUGAUAAUACUCUCAAAGGUCGUAUCACUACCAUUCCGAGAAAAGGUACUAGCUCAGGAGUAUCAACCAGUAGCCAAGAUUUCAUCAAUGAUAGACUAAACAAACAGUUCAGUCAACAAGAUGAAGAUUCUAUUGCAAGACCUCUUCGAGGUUUUAGUCUCACACUUCCACCAUCAAACUUUAACACACAUACACUGUUACCUCUUACAAUAUCACAAGCAUUUGCUCAGUAUCGCACUGAUCGCACACAAUCGUCGCGAGACAAUACGACGAUCAUCUAUUGGCAAGCCAUGUGUGGAGAUAUGAUGUUAACACUAUCGAGUGACAAAGACGAGUUCGAUAAAGGUCGAACGAGUUCACGUUCUCUCAUUUGUUAUCUUGCUAGAAUGCCGGCUACCAACGAGGUCGAAUAUCGUGAAGAAGCUUCGUAUUUGAACAGUGGCUAUCCUUCUGAACAUGAAACAUACGUUCAUAAAGAAGCAUAUGCAGCUGGUUCAAAUACAUUUUACAUUGGGUGCAAUACUGACGAUUUUAUGACAUUUUGCUUGAAAAUUCAACGUUCGAUCGGUAAAAUCACUCUUUCUCAUGCUGGACCAAAUUCACUGUACAACAAUUCGACAAUUAGCUUUACUUUUGGUAAGACUGAACUUGACUUAGUUGCAUUGGAAUUCAUUCGACUGAGUGCUGGUGAAUGUGCAGUACCAAUUCGGAAUGUGAUGAUUUGUUUUGAGGAACAGGCUGAUCUUCAUCCAAAAGUUGACACGAAUAUGGGAAAAGAUUCGCAGUUGAAUGACGAGAGAUCUUGUAAUAACCGUGCUAGACUGCAACCGAAGCAAAGUGAACCCUCGUCACCGUCUUCUCCGAGUGUGAAAGCUCAGCAUGGAGUUGGAUUUUCUAAGCAAGCACAAAGCUCAUCAGUGAAUAGUAAUCCUGCAUCUCUUAUUCCAUGUCGGGAAAAUGUCAAUUGUCUUCUUCAAUUAUCCAAUGAAAAAGAACACAAUUCGAAAUUUUCUCACCCAUGUCGAUUUUCUGAACUGUGUCGAAAUCGAGAGGCACACUUAACACACGAACCACAUCGGGUACCGACAUGUGUUUCGGAUAAGAAUUGUUCACUUCUUACUAGUGCGUAUCAUCGAGCGGAUCAUCGUCAUACAGGCUUACCUGAUUAUCUCAUUCCAUGUCGCCACCAACAGAAAUGCCAUGAUAACACGGUGGAACAUCGAAUAAAGUAUUCACAUGGAGAACAAGUUUAUGAAUUCUCCAGCUUAGGAGCUGGAAGAGAUUCUACUGAUAUAAUUCCUUGCAAAUGGGGUUCAAAAUGUCGAGACACGGAUAAUCAGCAGCACUGUAGGAAAUAUUCUCAUCCCAAGCCUGUAUCAUCACCAUCAAACAGCUCGAGUGUUGCCACAAGAAAAUUUAAGUAA